AAUAUCAAUUGGAUUUCUGCCGUUUGUUGCUAAACGUACUGUAAAUUAUACUUUAUAAAAUAAUAAUAAUGGAAGAAAUGCAAAAAGUGAAUAAAAAACCACCAACAAUCAGUGCUUUAGAGGAAUAUUUGACUUCGGUCCCAAAGGAGCACAAGGAAAAUGUGAAGGAUAUGUCAUUAAGGAUGAUGUCUCAUCCAGCAUAUGGGCGAAGUUAUCAAUGGUCUGUUAAGGAUUUUGAAAUGGGCGCUCCGCUUGGACGUGGUAAAUUUGGACGAGUGUAUAUAGCACGUGAACGGGCUUCGAAAUAUCUAGUGGCAAUGAAAGUCUUAUUUAAAGAUGAACUACGGCGAGGAAAUGUAGAAAAGCGAGUUUUAUAUGAAAUAGAAAUACAAUCACAACUAAAACAUCCAAACAUUUUACGCUUGCUGACUUGGUUUCAUGACAAUGAACGCAUUUAUUUAGCUCUAGAACUCGCAUCUGAAGGUGAACUAUAUAAACAUUUGCGCAAUUCAAAAGAUCAGCGCUUCGAUGAAUUCCGUUCGGCAAAAUACACAUAUCAAGUAGCUGAUGCACUCAACUACUGCCAUUUGAACAAUGUCAUUCACAGAGAUUUAAAACCGGAAAACAUAUUGCUCACCUCAUCAGACGAUAUUAAAUUAGCUGAUUUCGGCUGGUCAACUCACACUCCAUCCAAUCG